AUGGAUCCCAUUAGCAUGGAGAAGAUCAGGGCCAUGAACAAGUACAACAAGAGCAGGAGGCAGCUGCAGCUUCCUGCUCUCUCAGUCUACAUGUCUGCCACCUUUGUCCUCUGCCUGCUGCUCACUAGCCCUGCCUGGUUCCCCAGGCUGUGCUCGGCCCUUGGCUUCUUCAUCCUCACCACUCUCCCUGACUUGGUCACGGCCUUCCUGCUCAGCCCCAAGUGCCUCUUCGUCGUCGGCAACCUCAUCGUCGCCUUCCUCGUUGGGGAGUCUAGGCUGGCGCCGAGGAGGGACUACGGACAGCCUUCCUUGGUGAACGAGAUACACGAGGAGCACGUGAAGAAGAACACGGUGAUGGCCGCCGCAAAGGCGACUACCGCCGCCGCGGCGGUGGUGGUUGACCACAGCGCCUUUGUUGGAGCCGUUAGGGAGGAGGUGGAGGUCGAGGUCGAGGUGAAGGAAGAGGAAGGAGAAGAGGAGGAGCUGCACAAGAGAGUGGAGGACUUCAUUGCAAGGGUCAAGAAGCAAAGGAAGCUGGAGCUCAAGAGCUUCUUCGAUGUUGAUCGAUGA